UCUGGAUAAAAAGCAGAGGUGAAUGAGUUUCUUGUGAACAAUGGACAAAAAACCACUGGAAAAUGUGAUUUUCCUCCCGGACGACUACAUGGAAAGCAUUUGCCGAAUCUGUUUAGGGUCUGGCAGUGAAAUGGCGAACGUCUUCUCAAGUCUGGUGCUGGAAAUGAGCGAUGAAGAGGAUGUGAAGAUCUCCGAUUUGGCAGCCUUCACACUCAAUCUAUUUAUCCAUCCGGAUGAUAAAUUGCCAAAGAACGCCUGCAAACCGUGCAUAGACAGCAUUCUGGAGUUUCGGGGCUUCAAGCUGAAGGCGCAGGAAGCGGAAAGGAAUCUAAUCUGCAGCUUGGAAGCGCUCGAGGAGAGACUCAAGGCAGUCGAGGAGGAACUGAAUGAUGCGACUGAGAAGGAGGUGAAAGUAGAGGAAAUAAUUCCUGAGGAAGACGCCGCGGAGAAUGUCGAGGAUGUUGAACAUCUUCAGGGAAUCAGUGAAUUUUUCUGUUCAAAGUGUGGGAAAUACUUCCAGAAUCAACUUCAGCUUGAGUCUCACAUAAAAUACCACGAAUCCACGAGAUUAGUGGCCACUUACUGCACUUUCUCCACAUGUGAUUCCUGCCACACUGUCUUCCUCACGGAAUUCCAGCUGUCCAAGCAUCUGGCAGAGUUUCCGGAACACCUGGAAGCGCAUCAGAUUCUGGAAGAUUGUGAAUACUCUUGUGGUGUCUGUGCGCAGAAACUGCCGCAGAUUGACGAGCUGAAAAUGCACGUCUUCCAGCACUCGGAGAAAUUCAUCUGCCCCGUCAGGGCGUGCGGCUGGGAGUACGGUACCUUCGCCCGACUGAGCUUCCACAUGAGGAAGAAGCACGUGCAGAAGCUGGAGCACAAGUGCGAGUACUGCUUGGUGACGUUCGAGGACUACACGGCGCUCAGGACGCACAUCAGAUUCAAGUGCGCCGAACGGAAGUUCAAGUGUUCGCACUGUGACAAGUCCUUCUUCAACAAGAAGGCUCUGCAGUUCCACCUGAAGUGCGCCAAUGACAAGAACUUCAUUUGCGAGGUGUGCGGCAAGGGCUUCGGCUAUCGUGGCGAUCUCACCAUCCACAUGAGGACGCACACGAACGAGCGGCCGUUCAAGUGCAAGAUCUGCGGGAAGACUUACAAGACGCCCAGCAUGAGAAUUGCCCACAUGGACGUUCACAUUGACGGCAAGACUUAUCCUUGUGAUAUUUGUGGAUUGAGAUUGCAGUCCAAGGCGAGCUUUCGCGGCCACAUGCGGCGCCACAAAGAGUACAAGCAGCACGGCUGCGACAUCUGCGGCCGGCUGUUCAACAGCAAAUACCGUCUAAAGGUCCACAAAGUGGGAUUUCAUAAGAUAAUGCCCAGCGCUUAGGUAAGAUUCCCUUCAAUCGCAC